UUGGGUUAAUUAAUUUCAUGAUCUUAAUCUCUUCCUUUUUCUCCUUUUUGGAUAAGAGAAAAAUAUUAUAUUUAUACCAAUUUGCAGCUUCUUUCUUGCAAACUUUGUAGAACUUUAGGCAUAUGCUCAUGUCUGAAACAGGUCUGACAAAAAUGGGUUUUUCUUUCUUUGGCAAAAGCUUAUAUCUAUGUACAAAAUAUAUAAGAAAAUAAAAAGAAAACAGAUUGAGAUUAGUCAGUGGCCAAAUCCAAAAGACUUCAUAGCAAAGCAAACAUCUUUUUCUCUUUAUUUUUUCUUCUUAGUCACUUGCAUGUUAAGUACAGUCAGCUUCAUCCCUUUUUUCUCCGCCAAUUUUCUCAUGAAGAAUCUCAAAAGCUUUUGUUCUCCUUAUAAACCCAAGAAAGAAGAGAAGAAAAAAAACAAACAACCUCGAGCUCUGAUGGCGGCAAAACAGAGUUACUUCUUCUUGUUUCUUUCUCUUGUCCCACUCUGUUCCUCAACAACAACUCAUGAUGUCAUAAACCCACCAACGGUCUUCCCAACAAACCCCACAACUACACCACCGGCUACUACAUUCCCUCCGGUGACCAUAACCCCCACAAAUCCAUCUCCAGCCCUUCCUCUUAACCCUCCAGUCACAGUAGUCCCUCCUACACUCACACCACCAGUGACCACCAACCCAGUGACUCAGUACCCUCCAACACAACCCUCAGGGACGGUUCCUGUGAUUCCACCGCCUGUUGUCUCAACCUCCCCAUCUGCUUCAGGACAAAGCUGGUGCGUAGCAAAGCCUGGAGCCUCUCAAACCUCACUCCAGUUGGCUCUUGACUAUGCCUGUGGAAGCGGUAAAGCGGAUUGCUCUCAGAUACAGCAAGGAGGCAGCUGUUAUUCGCCUAUCAGUCUUCAGAAUCAUGCCUCAUUUGCCUUCAACAGCUAUUACCAGAAGAAUCCUUCUCCUCAAAGCUGUGAUUUUGGUGGUGCAGCCUCAGUUGUUAGCACCAACCCAAGUACUGGUUCUUGCGUUUACCAGACAGGUUCUAGUUCUGGUUCAUCAACGUCAUCUCCAGUAGGAACAACGCCAACUCCAUCGACACAAACAGUGAACCAGCCACCUCUCACACCAACACCUAUAACACCAACAGGAGGCGUGACAAUCGGGGUUGGAACUCCACCAGCGGUUUUUAACCCGGCGAAUCCUUCAUCAAACACUCUACCCAAUCCAUCCUCUGGAGGUUCAGCGGUCUACGGUUUUGAUGGUUCACCUAAUGGUAACAAUCCAACACCAUCAGACUCUACCAACUUGAAGAUUCACUUUGGUCACACUAUGGUGGUAACACUGAUUCUUCAUGCAGUGCUAUUUCAUUAGAAAUAGAAAUAUAUAGGAGUUGAGUUAGUUUUAUCACAUAGUUAUGUAAGCUCAUUUAGAGUAUUGUACCAAGAAGAAGCUAGGAAUGUAAGACAUUAUAAAUUUGUUUGGUUCAACGCUCCUACACUGUAAGAUACGGUCUAUCUACUUUUAAUAUGAUCUAAAAUGAUUUGUUCGUUA